AUGAAACCCAGCCAAACACCACUGCCACAUCUGAUACACGCCGAAAAACAAGCGGCUGAAAUCAUAUACGAUGCGAGAAGACGCAAAACUAUACUCAUCAAGAAAGCAAAAUAUGAUGCGAAUAAAGAAGUCGAGCAAUACGGUACCGAACGCGAAGAAAAGUUAAACAAACUUACGACACAUGCUAAUGAAGGCUUGGAAGUAUUGGAGAGAAAAUUGGCGAAUACAACAAAAGAAAAAAUUGCUAAAAUUGACGAACAAGUGGGGCAGAAUAGUGAAAAGGUCAUCAAUAGGCUGUUGAAAUUGUUGUAUGAUUUCAAACCGGAAGCGCAUCCCAAUCAUCAAUUUUUGAAAGAAGAAAAGCAAGACAAUCUCAUGCAUUUGGUUGUUGCCAAGCGCAAAUCCGAAGCAAAGUUGAGUAUUUAG